AUGGCGACCGCCGAAGGAGCAAGGGGACUCCACCCGUCGAUGAACUGGGACGAAGACGAUCUCAUCGGAGCCUUCCAGAAGUUCAAACAAAAAGCUGAUCUGUGCUUCAAAAGCUUCCUCAAGGAAACUACACCGGAACAGAAGAGAAGAGAGAGUAGCUCAGAGGAAGAGUCUCUUACAAUUGGAACCAUCCAUGUCCAUGAACUGGAACAUGACAAACAGAAAGAUGAGGCGUACACAACACUGCAGAUCAAGAAGAAAAUAGGCAAAAAGAGAAUGAACAUCAAGCUCAGACUGAAAAUUGAUACAGGAGCUCAAAGUAACAUCUUGCCAAUAGAACAGUAUAGCAAAAUAUUCCCAGAGAACAUCACCAAAGACGGAGUGGUAAAGAAGGGAAUACUGACGCCCAGCAGCACAAUAUUAACAGCGUAUGGGGGUGCAAAGAUUCCACAUCUGGGAAAAGCUAUCAUUGAAGGGAAACACAAUGGAAGAGAUGUCAGAUGUUGUUUCUACAUCACCAUGUCACAAGGACCAGCUAUCCUUGGGUUGAAGGCGUGUCAACAGAUGAACGUCAUCAAAAUCAACCACGAAGUGAAGUCGACACAGAGAAUCGACAGUGAAGUGCCCAUCAAGGAUCGACCACCCAUUAACAACAAGGCCGAUCUAUUUGCCAUGUAUCCUGAUUGUUUUGAUGAUACUGUAGGCUGUUUUGAGGGGGAGUAUCACAUAACAGUAGACCCAACUGCGAAGCCUGUUGUCCACCCUCCACGUCGUGUACCUCUUGAACUAAAAGAGAGGCUAAAAGACCAACUGAUGGAGAUGCAAGACAGAGGCAUAAUCAGCGCAGUGACCCAACCGACAGACUGGGUGAACUCGAUCAUAAUAAAGGAGAAGCCAAAUGGCAAGCUGCGCAUCUGCUUGGAUCCCCGUGAUUUAAACAAUGCAUUAAAGAGGGACCACUACCCGACCCCGACACUGGAAGAAAUCACACCCGCCAUGUCAGGAGCACAAGUAUUCAGUAAGCUUGAUGCAAGCAAUGGUUACUGGAAUAUCAAGCUAGAUGAAGAGUCAUCACUCCUGACGACCUUCAACAGCCCAUAUGGCAGGUUUAAGUUCAACCGCUUGCCAUUCGGCCUCCGGGUAUCACAAGAUGUCUUCCAUCGAUGA